AUGGCCCUAAGAUUCCCUCCUCAACUACUAUCUAUCGUGUUCUACUUUUACUCUUCCCAAUUCACUUCAUUUGUUGAAAUUGGUUCUUACCUUAGUCUCCUCGACCUCGAUCAAAUGGCAAAAGAACCAGUUUGCGUUCUUGUAACUGGAGCCGUAGCACAAAUCAGAUAUGCUCUCAUCCCUAUGAUUGUUAGGGGAGUGAUGUUAGGCCCCAACCAACCUAUGAUCCUGCACAUGCUUGAUAUCCCACAUGCUGCAGAGGCACUGAAUGGGGUGAAAAUAGAGUUGGCGGAUGCUACAUUUCCUCUACUUAAAGGUGUCGUUCCUACGACUUAUGUUGAGAAAUGCACAAGGAAAGACGACACAGAGAGGAAAGAUGUGAUGUCAAUAAAUGUAUCAAUUUACAAGUCUCAAGUUUCUGCUCUUGAAAAGCAUGCAAUUGCAACCUGCAAGGUUUUGGUUUUUGCCAACCCAAAAGACACCAAUGUACUAAUAUUGAAGGGAUAA